CUCUGUCGCUGUUUUUUUCCUUCUCUGCGCCGAAUCGUUAUUAUCCAUUAAGCGCAUCUCUCUUUCCCCGGUGAUACAAUACACAUCCUGUACUUGUUAUCUUCCGUCAGUGGCGCGCCCACGCUCGUCGCUACGUACCCAUUACACCAGAAAGGCAACCUUUGUUAUACCCAGGGACCUACCUACAUCGGCCUCCACUGGUUACCAGCCCAGCUUCUGGCCUCGAGCGCCGCGGGCAGCUUGAUAACAGAUUGUGGGACCCGGUCUCAUUCAUCAGCAUACACCAUCAAGGUCGUCUCCUUUAUUAUAUGACCCGAGGGACCCCUUCCUACUUCCCUUCUCAUCACUCCAUUAUCUCCUGAGCUAAGGAAAUCGAGAGCCGCGUUUCCCCACGCCCGUGAGAGAAGAAAACCAGGGGAAAAAAACAAAACAAAAAAAAAGACACAAGCUUACCCGUUGGAAGUCCGGUGUAUGGGUGUCUCUCGAGUCAUUCCAUGGACCAAGUAAACCCCUCCAACCAGCUCUUGUAUUUCGCGCGCUGCAUUCGAUAACAUUGAUUGGCCUCGGCGUGUCCUUCUCAUACUCAGCAUAACGCCGUGUCCCCACGUUUGGGUGGCCUCAAGGCGAGGCCUCAUUCUGAAGGCGUCCUUUAGUUAUUCGAUCUGCUUCUUUGCAAGUUCAAGCAACAGACAUGUCUAUACCUUCGUCGCGGUCUCCGCAGGCUGAGCCUGCGACUUCUAAUCAGCACGUCGAUGAGAACAAGCUGCCUAGCGGCCAAUGCCGGUACAUUCUAUUAAACCCGGAGAUCAAGGGGCAGCGUUGCGCUUGUGUCGGCUUCACAUUUAACCGAUCUUUACCAGGCGUAACUUGUGAUUGCGGUCAUCUCUCAUGUUACCACAUCCAGUCGGCUGAACCGCCUCCGGAUAAGAAUGAGGUUGACACGCUUCGACGGCGCAUCAAGCUACUCGAAGAUCAGCUAGACCGAGAGAACGACGGUGGUCUCGGCAGUGCACUAGGUACUGUGGUUCGGCGAUUGGGAGAUUUAGAGGAACAGGUUGAGAAGAAUAGGGACGAGACAAAUUUAGAAGUGAAAGGCUGUUACAGAAAUGUCGACCGCAUGUGGCAGUCCGUCGCCCAGCUCGAAAAGCGACAAGCCGGAUACGAGGACCGUCUUCUCAUUUUUGACGAACGCUUGGAUGGCCACGACGACACCUUGCAUGGCCUAGGGGACAGGCUAAUGGAGUUUGACGAAGCAUCCAUGGUGCUCGAAGAGCGUGUGGAUGCGUUGGAAGAUCAGGAUAACGCUGGGAUUCUUUUCCGUCGGCGCAGGCGAAGGUCUACGUCGGGCUCGGAAGACUCAAAAAAUGGCAAGCGGGCUGUAGCACGGCGAAGCCGUCCGCUAGACCACCGCGAUCAUAGCGCUGCAGCGCAUUCCGCGUCGACAUCGGCCUCAGACUCUCGUUGUGAGGUUCCGAAAGUUGGACCAAUCGAGGUGAGAGGAUCAUGGACUGUGCAUGUCUCGCUUCUCCCGACAGCGUCACAGCCAUUCCCAUUCGAGAAGGACACGAAUGCAUAUAAGCGAUGCCUGUCUAGAGGGCUUCAUCAAAUGAUUGCAGUUGGAGGAACGGACGGCGAGUCCUUCGUGAAGGCCGUUAAUAAGGCUUUUGGCAGCCUCCUUCGAGGGAGAGAUUGGGUUCCGCUACAAGCUCGUCUAUGUGACGCUGCAACUCUGCAGGGCCUUCCCAUGCUCCGACCUCUAGACCCAGCUUUAAUCGGCACGACCUAUGAUCUCGACUUCUUACGCAAAUAUUGUGCCGUAUGCCUUCCGAACGGCAAGGUUGAAUCCAUGUAUAUUGCUAUGUUGACGGAUACGUUUUCUUGGCAAUUUUUGAGGAGGUCACCAUGCUAUCUGGAAGGCCUCGAGGAAUGCUGGGCUUACGAUCCGCUGCUUGACCCGAACGACAACUUCGAAUACUGUAGUAGCGACGUGGGGGAUGGACGGUCUGCUGGUGAGAUUGUACCGCCUUUGCCGUCUUUAAAGCGCCCGGCGUCCGAGAUGUCUCGGACGCCGAGCUUGAGUUCCGCCUCCGCAAAUGAAGGAAAUGAUAGUUCGCGGCAAAAAUUACCACGAACGACCUGUAUUCAAGCAGCUAUGGAACUUCGUAGACGAGGGGUUGAGACGGUUUAGACUUGACGCUUGGAUAUACCAUAUAGAGCACAACAAAGUGCGGAUAGAAUGAGGGGCGUUUUUUCUUUCUUUUUUUCUUCCUGUUUUUUUUUCACUUUCCUCCUCAUUUCUUUUUUUU